CCAGCUGUGAUUCGGACCUUACUUUUGAACCAAGUAAACCAACCUGAACCAAGUAAAAAAGAAAGAAGAAAAAAGGAUAAGGGGAACGAACUGCCGACACUUGUUGCUCGCCUUUCCAGGUAAACAUCCAGUUGGCAGCCAGAAGCACUCAGUGGAGAGUCUGGUGCGCACAUGGCACCGACAACGCGCUCCUCACUUUGCUGACAGCCGCGUAACAUGGAGCCACACACUGGAUAACGAGGCCUACCUGCUGUACGGCUGCUUUCGCAUCUAACAACAUAGAGUGAAGUUUGGAGUUUUUUCUGACAUUUGAUUUUUUUUUUCUUUCUUUUUUCUUCUUUUCUUUUUGGUACAUUUUGGGGCAAAAAGGGAGGAAAAGUCAUGUUGGGGUUAAACAGGAUUCUCAGUCUCCGGGCAGCUCAGAUUCAGCGCUGCGGUUCGCCGGGAACCAGACUCUCAUCCCGAUCUUAUUCGUGCCAGAACGCCGGUACCAGUUCGAGGAUUUAUUGUGCGUGUCUGUUGCUGCUGCUGCUUGUGACGCCUCGGGUGGACUCUUCAUGGUGGUACAUCGGUGCACUAGGCGCACGUGUCAUAUGCGAUAACAUCCCAGGCCUGGUGAACAAGCAGCGGCAACUUUGCCAGCGCCACCCUGACAUCAUGCAGGCGAUUGGUGAGGGGACCAAAGAGUGGAUCAAAGAGUGCCAGCACCAGUUCAGACACCAUCGAUGGAAUUGCAGCACACUGGAUCGUGACCACACUGUCUUUGGACGCGUCCUGCUGAGGAGCAGCCGUGAAGCGGCAUUCGUCUAUGCCAUUUCCUCAGCAGGAGUAGUGUACGCGCUCACUCGAGCCUGCAGCCAGGGGGAGCUGAAGACGUGUAACUGCGACCCCCACAAACGUGGACGAGAUAAGGAUGAGAGAGGGGAGUUUGACUGGGGUGGCUGCAGCGAUAACAUCAACUAUGGGAUAAAAUUUGCCAAAGCCUUCAUAGACGCCAAAGAGAGAACGGUCCGAGAUGCUCGGGCACUCAUGAACCUCCACAACAACCGUUGUGGCAGAACAGCGGUGAAGCGCUUCAUGAAGCUGGAGUGUAAAUGCCACGGAGUGAGCGGCUCUUGCACACUACGGACGUGUUGGAAUGCCAUGUCAGACUUCAGGAAGACGGGUGACUACCUGAGGAGAAAAUACAAUGGGGCUAUCGAGGUGAUGAUGAAUCAAGAUGGGACAGGUUUCACUGUAGCUAACAAGGCCUUCAGGAAGCCCACCAAAAAUGACCUGGUCUACUUUGAGAACUCUCCGGAUUACUGCCUGCAAGACAAAGCAGCAGGUUCCCUGGGCACAGCUGGACGGGUCUGCAAUAAGACAUCACGUGGCACAGAUGGCUGUGAGGUCAUGUGCUGUGGGCGAGGCUACGACACCACGAGAGUCAAGCAAAUCACCAAGUGCGAGUGCAAGUUCAAGUGGUGCUGCUCUGUGGAGUGUAAGGACUGUGAGGAAGCUGUAGACAUCCACACAUGCAAGGCCCCCAAACGAGCUGAAUGGUUGGACCAGACCUGAGGACACGCCCCCUAUGCUCCCCGUAAUGCAACCCCGCCCCUUUCCCCUGUGCAGGAUAUCCUGUGGAACAUGGCAUUCUGGGAAAGUUUGUCCAAAAGUGCUCUGCGUCUCCGCCUUCCGCUUCCCCCACCUCGACUCAAUGCAUGGCUUUUCUACCUGUCUCUGUGAAAGCACUAGAAUUCAGUACCCGUCAAUAUGAAUUAAUACCCAUUAGCCCCUGUUUGUGAAUGGCCCUGUGAAUGAACUGCUGGGAUCAGACGAACAGUGAUUCCAGUGAUACCACUUUGGGGUUCAGGUGGAUUAGGCUCUCACUGAAGAUUCAGUCGAGACAGCCUUUUUUUUCUAGUGCGUGGUUCUGGGUAAAAAAUGGUUUGCUGCUUUCAUGAUGCUUUAAAGACAAAUUUUUACAUUAACUGAGCCUUCAAACAUAUCCAGUAUUAUUACCACAACAUCAUAUACUCUCAUAAUUUUGC